GCACUGCUCCUUGGAACACCACAAGGGCUUUCAUUGCUGCCAUGAAGGGCAAGUGUCUCCUGGAGGUGACUGGGGUGGCAGAUCCUACAGGGUGUGGUGAAGGAUUCUCCUAUGUCAAGAUUCCAAACAAACCAACACAGCAGAAGGAUGAUAAGGAGCCUCAGCCAGUGAAGAAGACAGUGACAGGAACAGAUGCAGAUCUCCGUCGCCUUUCACUGAAAAAUGCCAAGCAGCUCCUACGUAAAUUUGGCGUGCCUGAAGAAGAGAUUAAAAAGUUGUCCCGCUGGGAGGUGAUCGACGUAGUCCGCACAAUGUCCACAGAGCAGGCCCGCUCUGGAGAGGGGCCCAUGAGUAAAUUUGCCCGUGGGUCAAGGUUUUCUGUGGCUGAGCAUCAAGAGCGUUACAAAGAGGAAUGUCAGCGCAUCUUUGACCUACAGAACAAAGUUUUGUCAUCAACCGAAGUAUUAUCAACUGACACAGACAGCAGCUCAGCUGAAGACAGUGACUUUGAAGAAAUGGGAAAGAACAUUGAGAACAUGUUGCAGAAUAAGAAAACCAGCUCUCAGCUAUCACGCGAGCGGGAGGAGCAGGAGCGGAAGGAACUACAGCGGAUGCUACUGGCAGCAGGUUCAGCAGCAUCAGGAAACAAUCACAGAGAUGAUGACACAGCUUCUGUGACUAGCCUUAAUUCUUCUGCCACCGGCCGUUGUCUCAAGAUUUAUCGCACAUUUCGAGAUGAAGAGGGGAAAGAGUACGUUCGCUGUGAGACCGUCCGAAAGCCAGCUGUCAUUGAUGCCUAUGUGCGCAUACGGACCACAAAAGAUGAGGAAUUCAUUCGGAAGUUUGCCCUUUUUGAUGAACAGCAUCGAGAAGAGAUGUGGAAGGAACGGCGGAGGAUUCAAGAGCAACUUCGGCGGCUUAAGCGGAACCAGGAAAAGGAGAAGCUUAAGGGUCCUCCUGAGAAGAAGCCCAAAAAAAUGAAGGAGCGUCCUGACCUAAAACUGAAAUGUGGGGCUUGUGGUGCCAUUGGGCACAUGAGGACAAACAAAUUCUGCCCCCUCUACUAUCAAACAAAUGCUCCACCUUCUAACCCCGUUGCCAUGACAGAGGAGCAGGAGGAGGAGUUAGAAAAGACGGUCAUUCAUAAUGAUAAUGAAGAACUUAUCAAGGUCGAAGGGACCAAGAUUGUCCUAGGGAAACAGCUAAUUGAGAGUGCAGAUGAGGUUCGCAGAAAAUCUCUGGUUCUCAAGUUCCCUAAACAGCAGCUUCCUCCCAAGAAGAAACGGCGAGUUGGAACCACUGUUCACUGUGACUACUUAAAUAGACCUCAUAAGUCCAUUCACCGGCGCCGGACAGACCCAAUGGUGACAUUGUCCUCCAUUUUGGAGUCUAUCAUCAAUGACAUGAGAGAUCUUCCAAAUGUGUACAUAGGGGUUCGACAAUUCUAUACGUUGUACUAUGCUCACCGCAAUAGGUGUAGUCACCAUCUGUCAGUAUACGUCUGCAAAAGUCAUGGCAUUUUUCUUUUUUCUUUUGUAGGGCCUGAAAGUCAGUAUACUAAGACUGCUCAGGAGAUCGUAAAUGUCUGUUACCAGACACUGACUGAGUAUGAUGAGCAUUUGACUCAACUUGAGAAGGAUAUUUGUACAGCUAAAGAAGCAGCUUUGGAGGAAGCAGAAUUAGAAAGCUUGGACCCAAUGACCCCAGGGCCUUACACACCCCAGCCUCCUGAUUUGUAUGACACCAACACAUCCCUCAGUAUGUCUCGAGAUGCCUCUGUAUUUCAAGAUGAGAGCAAUAUGUCUGUCCUGGAUAUUCCCACUGCCACUCCAGAAAAGCAGGUGACGCAGAUGCACCAGGGCCGAGGUAGGCUGGGCGAGGAAGACUCUGAUGUAGAUAUUGAAGGGUAUGAUGAUGAGGAGGAGGAUGGGAAACCUAAGACUCCAGCCCCAGAAGGCGAAGAUGCAGAUGGUGAUCUUGCAGAUGAAGAGGAAGGAACUGUGCAACAGCCUCAAGCCAGCGUCCUGUAUGAGGAUUUGCUUAUGUCUGAAGGAGAAGAUGAUGAGGAAGAUGCCGCGAGUGAUGAAGAAGGAGACAAUCCUUUCUCUG